AUGGACGGUGACCCGGCGGUUGAGCCGCAGCUCGAUGCUUUCAGCUUGGCCUUCCCACUGCCCUACCGAGUAGCAAUCAUCGUGAUUCUGGCCGUGUGGGGAUGGGGUCUCAAUCUCCAUUUCCUUCACAUUCGUCGAAUCGAUGUGCCCUCUUUGAUCCGCUACCCGGGCAGGUCGAGCUCGGCCCAACUGACCCAUCACCAUUCGACCUACCGCAUCGCCUCCCUCCUCUCCUCCGCCUCCGGCCUGUCGAUAGUGAUCUUCUGGAUGCUGACGCGAGGAGAUCCUCAGCGUGUGAUCGACUACGACUGGAUUCCCAUGACCAACCUGCUCGUUAUCGCCCUGCUCUUCUCCGUCCCGCUUCGCAAACUCUCGGUAUCCCACCACGGAAGAAGUCGACUCCUUAGGACUUUGAAGAGAGUUAGCGUUGGAGGUCUGGCCGAGGCAAAAGACGGAAAGUUCGGGGACAUCCUGCUUGCCGAUGUGCUCACCAGCUAUGCCAAAGUGCUGGCCGAUCUCUUUGUCUGCCUUUGCAUGUUCCUCACUAGCAAUGGUUCUGCUACUGCCAGACCGGAUCGGGGCUGCGGAGGUGAUGUUCUUGUCCCCGUGAUAAUGGCUGUUCCAAGCGCCAUUCGACUCAGGCAAUGUCUGAUCGAGUACGUUCGUGUUCGGAGCGCUCCUUUGAGAGAGGCUACAGGGUGGGGUGGUCAACACUUGGCCAACGCCGCAAAGUACUCAACUGCUUUCCCAGUCAUUGUCAUCGGUGCCAUGCUGAGGAAUCAGACCGAGGCUUCACCUGGCCUGUCCCGCGCGUGGAUUGCCGCUUGUCUGCUGAAUUCCUUCUACAGUUUUUACUGGGAUGUUGCCAAGGAUUGGGAUCUGACUCUCUUUUCUGAUGCACGGGAAAGAAACUCCCCCGACCAUCCGUACGGGUUGAGGAGGAGGUUAUUGGUGCAUAAACCAGGGGUUUACUACGCUGUUAUUGCGUUGGACCUGACUUUGCGGUGCACCUGGAUGAUCAAGCUGAACCCCAGUCUUGACCAAAUCAGCAACUUUGAAAGUUCCAUCUUUCUCAUUCAGUUUCUAGAGGUGUUUAGACGCUGGAUAUGGAUUUUCUUCCGGGUUGAGACGGAAUGGAUUAGGAACAACCCAGUUGGGCUGGACGCUGAGGAUAUUCUUCUGGGAGACUUUCAAGGAAACAAGUACGAAGACGAGGACUGA